AUGUCCCACAAGUCGUCGAGUUCCAAGCAGGAGGCGGAGGAAGAUGAUGCAGACGGAGAGUCAGAAGAUGCCAACACGGAACCGCAAACGGAUGCGGGAGCCAAAGUGGAAGAGGAAUUGAAAGUGUGCUCCAUCUCCUCCUCCUCCUCCUCCGGCGGCUCCAUUACAGUUGCCUGCUCCUCCAGCUGCUACUGCAACCAGCCGCUCGCUGCAGCGGCGGCCACCAAUCUGAGCCUAUUGCUGCAGCAGGAGCAGAUUGCCCAGCAGAAAUUGGCCCUGGAUGCAUUAGGCCACCAAAGAGAAGCACACGAAGACCAUGGCGGAACGAUGGGCCUUAAGUAUCGUUGCUAUCGCAGUCGAUCGGCCAAUCAGCUCAGCUGCAAGGGGCGCGAGCAAGCGAUGGAGCUGGAGCGCAAGCAAAUGGCAAUGGAGCAGGAGCAGGAGCAGGAGCAGGAGCAGGAGCAGCCGCAAAGCCACCUCAAACGAAAGCUGGACCAGGAGGAGCAAGAAAUACUGAAGCCAUAUACAUUCUCGGAGCUGAAGCAGGAAUCGCAACAGUUGAAACGGAAGCUGGAACGAAAGCAGGAGCAAUAUGCCAGCGUAGAGCUGAAGGAGCAACUCGAGCUGCGGGUAAGGCAAUCCGUUGAAGAUGUCCAAAUGGCAGAGCAACAGGCGCCGCGCGUUGACUCCGAUCCCAGCGAAAAUCAGCCCGACGAGGAUGAUGAUGACGAGACAAUGCCCACAACGCCAUACACCUAUGUGAACGAGAGUCCGAGCGACUAUCGACCAGGUGGCUAUCAUCCGGUGAACGCGGGCGACUCGUUCCAGCAACGGUACUUCGCCAUCAGCAAGCUGGGCUGGGGGCACUACUCGACGGUGUGGCUAUGCUACGACACGCAGCGGGGCUGCUACUGCGCCAUCAAGCUGGUCAAGUCGGCGGAGCUGUACGCGGAGUCGGCACGGCACGAGAUCCGCCUGCUGCGGCACAUCUCGCAGCUCAGCUGGCAUCCGCUGCGCGAUCGCCUGGUCAACAUGACGGACAACUUCAGCACGAGCGGCGUGAAUGGCACGCACCAGUGCCUGGUCUUCGACGUGCUGGGCGACAAUAUGCUGAUGCUCAUCCAGCGCAGUGGCUACCAGGGCCUGCCGCUGUACAACGUCAAGCAGAUUGCCUACCAGGUGCUGCAGGGCCUCUACCUGCUGCACGAUCAGGGCAAUCUCAUCCACACCGAUCUCAAGCCGGAGAACGUCUUGCUGGUGGCCGAUGAGCUGUCGCUGCGCAGCCAGGCCACGGUGGCCUCCCAGGAGUACCUCGAGGCGCACCAGCAGCAGCUGGGCCUGGUCGAAGCGAAGCUGAGCAAGACGGCCAAGCGGCGCCUGCGCACCAAGACCAAGCAGAGCAUCAGCUUCUUCCAGGCGCACCGCAAGUGGCUGCGCGAACGCGGCAUCCAGGAUCUGCUGCAGCUGGCCAAGCAUGGCCUGCUGCCGCUCAAAAUGGCCCUGGACGCUGUCACCAACCAGUUGCCCUAUCUCGCCUACGACGGACCCAUCAUCUUCAAUGCCGCAGAUGUGCAGCAGAUGCGACUCGGCCAGGAGCAGUCGAGCGCUGAGCAGGUCGGCGAUACCCAAGCACCGAGUCCGGCCAAGAAGCGGCGCUCGGAGCUACCCGAAGCUGGGGGAGCCAACAACUCGGCGUCGUCCUCCGCGAAGGCACUCAAGAUUCUGCAGAGCAGCACCGAGAAAUUCAUGCGCUAUGUCCAGAGAUGCAUCGAGAAGGAUGAGAAGGAGGAGAAGGGCAGCGAGUCGCAUUAUUCGAGCAGCAAACGCAUCAGGAUCAAGAAGCCCGCCAAGAAGCCGCCGACUCAGCGUCAAGUCGACCUGCCCAGCCCCUCCUCGAACGGCAGCCCACUCAAUAUGAAUCUGAUCAAGCGCAAGGAUCCCGCUCUGGAGCCCUGCAAGGUGAAGGUGGCCAUUGCCGAUGUGGGCAACGCCUGCUUCGUCGAUCACCAUGUCACCGAGGAUAUACAGACGCGCGAGUAUCGCGCUGUCGAGGUUAUACUGGGCGCCGGCUAUGACACCUCGGCCGACCUCUGGAGCGCCGCCUGUCUCUUCUGGGAGCUGGCCACGGGCGAGUAUCUCUUCGAGCCGAACAAAUGGCGCGGCGACGCCAGCCAGGAUGAGGUGCAUAUUGCUCACAUCAUCGAGACCUGUGGUCCCAUACCCAAGGAGCUGAUAGCCCGUGGCGAAUACUCAACGGAGAUCUUCAAUCCCAAUGGCGAACUCUUGAAUAUUAAGCAUUUGGAUGCGCAUCCUUUGCACAAGGUCCUCAUGGAGCGGUACAAUUGGUCGGCCAACGAUGCAAAUGAAUUCGCGGACUUUCUGAAGCCGAUGCUUUGCACGAAUCCUUUGCGGCGCAUUACAGCCUUUGCGGCCAUCAACCAUCCUUGGCUGCUGCUCAACGACCUCGAGGACGAGGAUGAGCAGCGGACGUCCAGGGAGAGCAAGGCAUAG